CGUGCGGUUAUAUGAGCGCGAGCGGCGGGAGCGCGGGCCCUUUCCCCGCCAGCCGCCUCCGCGCGCCGCCGCCUCGCUGCUGCCGCCGCUGCCGCUCCCCGCCCGCACGGCCCGGCCCGGCCCGCGCAGGGUUUGAAAUCUGAGCAUGGCAGACAUCGACAACAAAGAACAGUCUGAACUUGAUCAACAAGAUAUGGAAGAUGUUGAAGAAGUAGAAGAGGAGGAAACUGGUGAAGAUGCCAACAGCAAAGCUCGGCAGUUGACUGUGCAGAUGAUGCAAAAUCCUCAGAUUCUUGCAGCUCUUCAGGAAAGGCUUGAUGGUCUGGUAGGAACAUCUACAGGAUAUAUAGAAAGCUUGCCUAAAGUUGUUAAAAGACGUGUGAAUGCUCUCAAGAAUCUUCAAGUUCAGUGUGCACAGAUAGAAGCAAAGUUCUACGAGGAAGUUCAUGAGCUGGAAAGAAAAUAUGCUGCUCUCUAUCAGCCCUUAUUUGACAAGCGGAGUGAAAUCAUCAAUGCAAUCUAUGAACCUACAGAGGAAGAAUGUGAAUGGAAAGCAGAUGUUGAAGAAGAAAUUUCAGAGGAAAUGAAAGAGAAGGCCAAGCUUGAAGAAGAAAAGAAAGAUGAAGAAAAAGAAGACCCUAAAGGAAUUCCUGAAUUUUGGCUGACGGUAUUCAAGAAUGUGGACUUGCUCAGUGAUAUGGUUCAGGAGCAUGAUGAACCUAUCCUGAAACACUUAAAAGAUAUAAAAGUGAAAUUUUCAGAAGUUGGACAGCCUAUGAGUUUCACAUUAGAAUUUCACUUUGAACCAAAUGACUAUUUCACAAAUGAAGUGUUGACAAAGACAUAUAGAAUGAGGUCAGAGCCAGAUGAUUCUGAUCCCUUCUCCUUUGAUGGGCCAGAAAUCAUGGGAUGUACUGGCUGCCAAAUAGACUGGAAAAAAGGAAAAAAUGUUACUUUGAAAACCAUUAAGAAGAAGCAGAAACACAAGGGUCGUGGAACAGUUAGAACGGUGACAAAAACUGUUUCCAAUGACUCCUUCUUCAACUUCUUUAGUCCUCCUGAAGUUCCUGAAAGUGGAGACCUGGAUGAUGAUGCUGAGGCAAUCCUUGCUGCAGACUUUGAAAUAGGUCAUUUCCUACGUGAGCGUAUAGUCCCCCGAUCAGUAUUGUACUUCACGGGAGAAGCUAUUGAAGAUGAUGAUGAUGAUUAUGAUGAAGAAGGUGAAGAGGCAGAUGAUGAGGAGGGGGAAGAGGAAGCAGAUGAAGAAAACGAUCCCGAUUAUGACCCAAAACAACUGGAAUUUAUUUCAAAAGAAGUUUCCAGAGUGCUGAGAACGUACCAUGAUUUGGUGUUUCACUGUACCACUAUGCAAUGGCUUCUAGAGAAAGGCUGUGCCUUUAUUGACUAUGGGAAGGCUUUUUGCUUCAAACUGUAUAUGAGAAGGAUCAAAACCCAGCAGAAUGCAAGCAGCAGUGAAGCAGUGUGUAUGUGGCCUUGAGGAUUACCUGCACUGUAAUAGCCUAAACACAACUAUUAGUUACUUACAGCCUUAUGUUUUGUAUCUUGGUAGAAUUAAGUAACCGAUUUGUUAAAAAAAAUAAAAUAAAAUCAAAAGCAUAAGAACCAGUUUAAAAUGUAGGUUCAAUCUACCUAGCAUUUUAACAGUAUAAUUUUCUGCCAAUAUGUAGAAUGCAGUAAAUCCCCUAAAGCAUGAAUGUUAAUUCAUUGCUACAUAGUUUGGUUCUUGUGAAGUCUUUGUCAUGUAGCUAUUAGACUGCAGCUGUGAAGAUUAUCAGAACUGUUAACCGAGACCAAUAUUUGUUUAGAGAAAACUCUCUCCUGAAGAACCAACCAAAGUAUUUUUCAGCCCAGUAGUCUGAACGGGUUUAAGUCUGCUUGCACUAGCUGUGCCUUCAUUACUUUGUUAUAGAAAUGGCAGUGACUUGUACUAACUAGGAGAUGAUGAUGAUGCAUUUCGAAUUUGACUACUUGAGAAGAUUAGUAUGACUUGUUUAAUUUCCAGCGAGACCACAUUAAACAUUCAUAACUGUCAGCUUGUUUAUGCUAUGGGUUUUGUAUUUUAUGUGACAUAGUGAUCUACAAAAGAAACCUAGUCCUCAUAUUAAGGUUAUUGUUUACCACUGGGGUGUGAAUAAAACCUAGUAUUUUCAGAA